CCGCAAAAAACUAAGAAAAGAAGCCCCUUGGCAUCCGCGGCCGCUCUUAACCGAAUCUAUGAUCAGCGAUGCCCAAAUUGUCCAACGUCAGGUCGCGACGCAACACUGACCGACUUUGUGACAAUCAAACUUCUAGCAUUCGAGAAACAAGAGCUGUCGAGUAUCAAACUAAACACAACACUUGUCUUGGCAAAAACCUUCAUCCCAAGGGGUACAUCGACACAUUUUGGUGUCUCUCGUAUCCAAGAACCACACCAAUCAAAGCCGGCAUUCAGCCACUGUGCGCACGCACCGCGCCGUCAAACCUUGAGAAGACCCCUUUGCUGCUUUUUUAAUUGCCGAAAAGUUUUUUUUAUUGAAUAUAGCAAUGGAUCAGCCUGCCGCUGCCGCCGCGGACGAACCGCCGCCCUCUGGCAAUGCCACGAUACCGCACCUUGCCAUCCCCGCGACGUCCAGCAGUUCCAUAUCCGAUAUGCCCAACCCUCGCUACUCGAAACUGCACCUGUUGGUGGUGGCCAACGGCUCCCGUGAGACGAGCUCCUGCGCCGCCGUCGCAAUGCGGCUUUCCAAAGACCCCAAAAUAGCCGUCAGGGUCGUUGCCGACGAUGUUCCCCCGCAGCUCAACCAGACCUUUGCGGUCGAGCGAAACUAUCCAAUCAAGAUACCAGACCAGUCAGAUGAUCGCAUACGAAACAUAGCACGGCACCAACACAGGGCCGCCGAGUUGGUCGAGUGGGCAGACCUCAUGGUCCUUUGUCCCAUAGACGCCGAUCACCUGGCCAAGAUGAUGAGCGGGCACUGCGACACCAUGAUCCUCGAGGUUCUGCGCAGCUGGGACGCCUCGAAGCGUAUACUGCUUGUUCCGGGAAUGUCGACCACAAUGUGGGAGAACCCGGUCACCAAGCGCCAGAUAAGCAAACUGCACCGCAAGUGGCAUUGGGUGCGUGUGCUGCCGCCCAUACUGUGGCGGUACGAGCACCUGGAUGCGCCUCCUUACUUUAAGCGUAUCGUGGAGUGGACUGGCCUCAACGAGGUCCUGGGUAUAAUCAAGAACCAGGCAGACCUCUUGACCAUGGGGCACGACGUCGACGUGCCCGCUCGCGAGCUGGUGGCAACAUCGCCAUCCUUUUCCAGCCCAGGCGGGCGUAGGAAACAGCCGGUGUUGCCGCCAGAGAUAUGGAGCCUUAUCCUUGAGCACACCAGAGACUGGGAACUGGCGCAGUCGCUCGGCGUCUUUACAACACUCGAGAUGCCGGAGCCGUGGCGGACCGAGCCGAAAGACACCUCGGAUCCAUUGCAGGUCUUUAUGCACCGGCUCGAGUGGCGGCUGCUGUCCGCGGAUACGGCGGCGAUAUGCAGCGUGUUGGAGACGGCGCCCGCAAACCUCACGGAUCUGUCGGCGCUCGCCAUCAAACUCAUCUUCAAGUUCGCCCUCACCGGCGUGCUCUCCUACAUCGAGGGCCACUGCCCAAUCGUGUUCCGCAACUUUGACGGCAAGACCAUCCCGACCAAGGCGUCGGCCUACUACGGCCGCACCGACAUCCUCGACUGGUGGGCCAGGUCCCCCUCGUUCCUGGAGAAACAGUACGAUCAGGAGGCCAUGGACAACGCCUCGCUCUACGGGUACAUCCACGUGCUCGAGUGGUGGCGGCGGUCGGGCUUGCCGCUCAAGUACAGCGAGGCGGCGAUGGAGCAGGCCAGCGCAAAGGGCCACAUCCGCGUGCUGGACUGGUGGCGCGAGGCGGCCAUGUCGACGGGCGGGCCGGUGGACAACCGGGACCCCGACGCCAGGCCCAUAGAGCUCAAGCCGGGCAAGUCGCUGCUCUACGCGGCACAGGCGGGCCACACGGACGUCUUGCGCUGGUGGAUGACCAGCGGGAUCCCGGUCGAGCAUCAGGACGAGGUCUGCAUGAAGGCCUCGCGUGUCGGCAGGGCAGACGUCCUCGAGACGUGGAGGCUGCUGCGCGGUGACAACAAUCUCAUCUUCACCUCGCAGGUCCUCGUCGACCCCACGAUAUACUCGUAUAUUGACGUGCUGGAGUGGUGGAGGAAAUACGCCAGGGGAGAACUGCCUGGCAUGGACGGCCAGCCGGCCAAAAAGGUCGAAUACCGUACCAUGGAUAUCGAGGAGGCGUUGGAGGAUUCCUUUGGCGACCAAACGGCCGUCAGGCGCUGGUGGGCCGAGAAUGGGCUUAAUUUGGGAUUGGGCACGAGCGAGUGGCUCAAGGUACGCUACCUUUGAGCGUGAAAGUGUUUUUUUGCCGAUUCCAAAGUCCGCAGUGCACAUGGGUUUGUUUGUUUUCAGAAUGCAGAUGCAGGCUGCCUUGGGCACUAGGUAAAGUAACAGAUAAUCUAAAACCUAAUAAGACAGACGUUUUCACGGGUAUAUCAUAAGCCAAACUCCAAACGCC